ACUUACACUAGAGUCUUUGUACCUAGUGUGUAUAGUUGGAUCCAAAAGAAAGAAAGAAAGAGUAAAAAUAAGUACAAGUAUUUCAACCCCUGGCCGAGACAAAGCAUCCGACGACCUAACAACAAUCUUUAUCCAUACUAUUUAUAAUCUCAACAAUAAAUAAUCAUAUAAAUAUCACUGUUAAGUUGAAUAAAAACUAAAUAAUAACAACAGUUUAAUUAAAUAAACAUUAAAAUGGCAUUAGAUUUUGCAGCAACGUACAAAGUUUUAGUUCUUGGUGAUUCUAAUGUCGGAAAAACUUGUAUUGUUCAUCGUUAUUGUGACGAACGUUAUUAUGAUACAUAUAUAUCAACUAUUGGAAUUGACUUUAAACAAAAAAUAAUAAAUUUGGAUGGUACUCCGAUAAAAUUGCAAAUUUGGGAUACAGCUGGACAGGAAAGAUUUCGUACAUUGACGACAGCUUAUUAUCGCGGUGCAAUGGGAAUAUUGUUAAUGUAUGAUGUCACUAGUCUUGAUAGUUUUAAUCAUUUGUCAUACUGGUUACGAAAUAUACAAGAGAAUGCAUCUCCGGAUGUUGUUAAAGUAUUAACAGCAAAUAAAUGUGACGCGACAAGUAAUCGAGCUGUUGAUGCUGAACGCGGUCAAAAAAUAGCUGAUAAUUUUGACAUGCCAUUUUUUGAAGUUUCUUGUAAAGAAAACAUAAAUAUUGAAGAUGCUUUUCUUACAUUAGCACGAAGAAUACGCGAACAAAGAGGCCGAAGAGCCAGUUUAUUUGAAGCAUCAGAACGUGAAGGUGCUGAUAGUAUUAUAAAAGCACAGUCACCAUCGCAACAAGGGGAUGCUUGGAGAUGUUCAUGUUAGCCAAUUUUAUCAUCACUCAAAAUUUUAUGUUAAAGUUAAGUUAACAAAAAUUAUUUCUUUAAUUUCUUAGUCAUGGAAAUUGAUAGAGAAUUUGAUGCCCUUUAAAACGAGUACCAACAAGACAUAUUUAUUUUUAUUUGUAUUUACGAUAUGCAUAUAUUUUUAUUUAGGAGUAUUGAAAAUAUAUGAGUUAUUGAAAAUCGAAUAAAAAUAAUUAUGUCUUGUUGGUACUCAUUUUAAAGGGCAUUAAAUUUUCUGUACAAUGAAAUAAAAAAAAAAAAUUUUUUUAUUUUGUGGUUUAAUUUAUGACUUUGAUAAAAAAUUAGUUCGAUCAAUUUUUGAAAUACAUAAAUUGAUAGAAAAUUAAAUGCCCUUCAAAAUGAGUAUCUCCAACACAUACUUAAUUUAAGUACAUCAAAAGAAAUACAUAUAUUUAAAUACUCGUAAAUAAAAAUAUAUGAUUGUCUUAGAAAAAAAAAACAAUAAUUACGGGUUGUUGGUACUCAUAUUAAAGGGCAUUUAAUUUUCUAUGAAUUGAAAUUAUUUACAUGUAAAAAUUUUGAAAAAAAUAAUUUUUACAAGUUAAAUUUUUUUGUUUUUUACAAAGGCCUAAAUAUUUUAUUUCAAAUAAAUAUUCAAGUAUAGACAACAAUUGUGGACCAUAACAUUUAUUUAUUUAUGUUUAAAUAUAUAUUUUAUUGAUUUAUAAAUUCUUUUAUUGAGUCAUAUAUUUAUGUGUAUAUAAAUAUAAUCUGACUGAUGUUAAUUAAAAAAAAAAAAAAAUGAAAGGCAAUCGAAUUAAUUAAUUAAAAAAUUUUUUUUAUGAAUUCAAAUAAAUAAUUAAUAAAAUAUACGCGUAAUUUAUAUAUCGCACUGUGGUAAUAUGAUAGUAUUAUUGAAAAAAAAUAUAUUAAUAAUAAUAAUAAUGGCGAAAAAUUAGUUAAAAUGUAGUGAAAUUGUACCGGUAGAAAAAUAAUUUUUUUUUUAAUUUUCUCACUUUUACAGCAAAGAAAAAAGUGUAAUUUAAAUGGUGAUAUUUAAUGAAGCUUGUACACAAUAAAUAUCGAAAAUAAUUCGCACAAAGUAAUGGAUAAUAUCAAGUAAAGUCAAUAAUAAUUUUCUUAUUUAUUAAUUUUGUGUUCUUUUUUAUAAAAAGGAAAAAAAAUUAGCGGAAUUUUUAAAUGUUAAAUAUAAAAAAAAAUUUAAUAAUUGAAUAUUAAUAUUAAUAAUUAAUAAGUAAAUAAAAAGUACACGGGCUGUUGCUAUUCGUAAUUAUUCGUUUAUGCUGGCGAAAAUAAUCUAUAGGAUUUAAAAUCGAUUAAAAAAUUUGAUAAAAAAUUAAUAAUGGAUCAAGUUAAAAAAAAAAUUAAAUGUCCUUUAAAACGAGUAUCAACACGACGUACUUACUUUUUUAAAUUUCAAAGAUACACAUAUUUUUAUUUGGACUCAUAAAUAUAUAUAUGAAAAUCUUAUAAUUAUUUUAAAAAAAUAUGGAGUGUUUGUACUCAUUUGAAAGGACAUUAAGUUCUCUACAGAUUUUAAUGACAAAAAAACAAUUUUGAAAAUUUUGAUUUCAAAAAUUUUGAAAAUAAAAAAACUUUUUUUCUAAAUUGAUGGGAAAUUCGAUGCCCUUUCGAACGAGUACCAACAAUCCAUACUUAUUAAAAUAUGUCCCAAAGAUAUACAUAUAUUUAAAUAAAUAUAUAUGUACAACUAUGAAACUUAUGAAAAUAAAUCAGGCGUGUUGGUACUCAUUUUAAAGGGCAUUCAAUUUCCUAAAAAUUUCUGCAAGCAAAAAAUUUUUUUUUCAAUUUCCGUCAUAAAUUUCAAAGUCAUUCCAAUGACUGAAUUGAAAAAAGUUCAAUAAUUUUUUUCCAUACCAAAUAAAUUACUAAAUUUGUUAUAAUUAUAUUUUUUUCACAAAAAACCCAAAAAAUAAGUUUAAAUUAAUAAUUUAAUCCUACAGAUUAUUUAUGAAAAAAAAAAAGCCUUUAUUGUGCCUAUAAACGUGUGUAAGUCAAUUUAAAUCCACUUUAAAAUAAACAAUUAAAAUUUUAUUUAUUUGUUUAUUUAAACUUUCGUUAAAAAAAUAAUAAAUUAUUAUUUAUAAGCUGGACUCUGUGAUUAAUAUAAUUAAUUACAUAAAUUAAUCAUUAAUUUUUAAAAAAUUAGCGUUUAAAAAUAGUUUUUAUAAUUUAAGUAAAAUCAAUUACGCACUUAGAGAAAAUUUUUAGAAUUUUAUUUAAAUACUUUACCACAUUCUGGCCUUGGUCA